AUGGCAGAGAUAUGCAAUAAAUAUGAGCAUGAGAAAGACGACGUGUUCCUUGAAGAUGUUGAAAAGAACGGGACAUUUACUGACAAUUUUGAAACUUUAGACACUGAUAUGAUUGAGGAGUGCAAGGAAUUUAAGAAAAUGGAUAAAUUUUUGUUAAAAGUGAACAGAGUAAAAGUACAAACUAUGUGUUUAAAAGCUGAGAAAGCUAAACUGGCUAAGGAAAACAUUCAGCUAAAACAAUAUAUCAAGAGGUAUCUUACAGAAUUAGCACUCAAAGGAGGCAAAGAUCGGCCUCUCAGUAUGAAAUGUCAGACUGCAUUAAAGAUUGAAAUAAAUGGAAAUGUAAUUAAACGACCUGUGACUUGUAUCGAAGGAGCUUUAUCCAAUGCUGUGAUGCAUGAACAAAGAAUGAAAUUACAGGAAAAGAAAAACAAAGAGUUAAACAACAUUAGGGCUUACCCACGAGUUCACUGCUGG